AUGCUAAUUUUAUAUUUUUACUUGAUAAUUUUGUUCAUAAUAAAAAGUAAUAUAUUUUCAGAAUUAUAUACAUAUAAUAUAACAUUAAGACAUUUGAAUGAGUAUAGUUUGGAAGAUGAAAAAUAUGGAGAAAAUUUUUUUAGUCGAAUAGUAAAUAAAAUUCAUAAAGGUAAAAAAUCGAAAGAUGCUAUUACAAAGUAUAUAAAAGAAAUAAUUUAUAAGAAUAAAUUAUGCAAGAAAAUAAAUUUUUGCAAAGAUUUUUCAAGUGAUGAAAAGGAUGAUGAAAUAACUAACGUUAGAAAAGAAGAAAAAAAUAUUAAGGAAAUAAAAAAUUGUUCAUUUUUACCAAAUUAUAUUUCAGAUAACUUUGAAAAAGGAAUAUCUUAUAAAAAUAAAUUGGAAGAAGAAUAUAUGUCAGUCGAAAAUGUUUUUAAUUGGGAAUUGGGUAAGGAGUCCUUAAAAAAAAGAUUAGGUUGUACAAAUAAUUUUCAAAUAAAUGGUGUUUAUUAUGAGAAUUGGAUACUGAAAAAUAUAAAUUUUAGAAAUAGUAGUAAUUCACAUUAUUCACCAAAAAAUGUAUAUAAAGGAAUUAUCCCUAUGAAUAAUAAUUACAAUGUGGAUGAAGUUUAUGUAUUUAUUAAAAAAAUUCCUAUAAAUAAAUGGUUAAAUCAGUAUGAAAAAAUGGAAUUAUAUAAUGGUGAAUAUAUAUUGAAGGGAGAAAAUUAUGUAAUGGAAGCAGUGGUAUCAGCUUUUUUAAGUGAAUAUCACCCUGGUAUAUCACCACAUUUUUAUACAUUAUUAUAUGAACCGCUUGAUUAUAAUGAAAAUGGAAAUGAAAAUGGAAAUGAAAAUGGAAAUGGAGAUGAAAAUGGAAAUGAAAAUGGAAAUGAAAAUGGAAAUGAAAAUGGAAAUGAAAAUGGAAAUGAAAAUGGAAAUGAAAAUGGAAAUGGAAAUGGAGUUGAAAAUGGGAAUGAAAAUGGAGUUGAAAAUGGGAAUGAAAAUGGAAAUGCAAUUAGAUCAUAUGAAAAUAAUAUUCCAAAUUUAAAUGUAUUCAAUGAUAUAUUAAAAGAACAGAACAAACAUAAAAGUAUAGGUAAUAUUGUGAUGGUAUUUGAAUUUUUUGGUGAAGAUUUAGAUUGUUUUAUGAAUAGGAUGUGUAUUAAAGGUUAUUCAACCUUAGGUAGGAAAGCGAAAAAAAAAAUUAUGCUUUCAUGUUUAAAAUUAAUUAAUAGAUUACACAAAAUUGGAUUAUGUCAUCUCGAUAUUUCACUUGAAAAUAUAUUAAUGCAAGAUAAUUAUGAAAUGCGUAUAUGUGAUUUUGCUAAAUGUACACCUAGGUACACCUAUAAUUUGAGGCAUAUAAGAAAUCCUAAUGGUUUAUGUCUUUUUGAAUCUUGUAUACCUACGAUUGGAAAAAUUGAAUAUAUCCCCCCUGAAUGUUGUGAAAUCGAAAAGAUAUACAAAGAACUUAAGAUAACGAAACCCUUUUCAUAUUUAAAAACAAUUAUAGACCAAGACGAAAGAAAAAAAAAUUAUUUCGAUGUUACAUCUGCCGAUAAUUAUAUGUUAGGAAUAUUGUUUAUACUUAUAUGGGUUUAUCACUUUUUUUGGAAUAAAGCGGAUGCUUCAGUGGAUAAAGAAUAUGCAGAAUUUGCAAGGGUAAAUAUGGAUUUCCAUAAAGUUGAGAAAACAUAUCAUUGGCCAGAUGGUAUAAAAUUUAUCAUUCAGCAAUUAUUACAUUUUGAAUCUAGAAAGAAUCUCGAUUUAAAUGAUUUAAUUAAUCAUCCAUGGUUUACUAGGGAAAAAUGCUGGUUUCUUAAGUUAUUUUCUUUUGAUUUAAGAUAUUUUAAAUAA